CGUACCGCUCACCAGCUUACCAGCCAGCUCGCGGUGUUGAUGGCAUUUUGAUUUUGAAUUUGUCAGCCAACUGUUUAUUAAGUGUUUCGACGCGACGGCAAACUGUUCGCGAACUGCGGCUGCAUUUGGGCGACGCGAAACCGCAGAAAACGCCGAGUGAGGAGUAAAAAAUAUUAAAGAUACACUCUGAAUUAUUGCCAAGCCCGCGAAAGAAGAGUGUGGAAGGUGGAGAAAAUUGUGAGCUUAAUUCCAUUUACUGGGCCGCGCACUCCAACUCGGCCUGCUAUGCAAACGAGGUGCGAUUAUUCAAUCAAAAACUCGCGCCGCUACGUGAAUUAAGUGAAACACAAUUGCAGAAAUCAGUGACAGGCGGUGGCAACAACAAGUGUAAACAACAACGAAAGUAUUGCAAAAUGCGCUCUCCGCAGCAACUGCUAGUGUUGCUGCUUGCAACAGCUGCAGCUGCGCACAGCAGCAAUUACAACUCGGUGUACAACGAGGUGAUUCCGCCGGAGCUCAAGCAGGCCAUUGAUAAGGAGCUGCCCAAGGAGGCCAAGUUCUUCGACGAGCUGGACUUGAUACCGCAGUCGUGCCGCUUUCGUGGCCACAAGUUCGAGUGCGGCCUGUCCAUCUCAUGUGUCUUGGGCGGCGGCAAGCCGCUGGAUCUUUGCUCCGGCGGCAUGAUCUGGUCGUGCUGCGUGGACAAAGAUCUCGACGCCGAGGAGAGUCCGCACGCCGCCCCGGUCAACAACACGAGCGACAUAAUACACUUGCAUGACAUUUAUCCCGACCUGUCGACGAACGCCAACAAGCCGCAGCACCACCUGCACCACCACAGUGGCAACGGCCUGUCAGCGGCCCCGUCCACCUCAUCCACGGCGUCCUCCUCCGCACGACCGGCUUAUCCCAGCAGCAGCUACUACGGCACCAAGCGACCAACCCUCUACAGCGGUUCCAAUCCCUAUAAGCCAGGCUCGGGUUCCAGCCGACCAUCCUCCUCCUCCUCGUCCAGCCUGAACAGCUGGGAGCACGAGAGCGGCGGCCACUUGGGCUCCGUCAGUGGGAUCACCAACCAUCUGGACAGCUUCUUUGAUGCCGAGUCCCCCUCGCCGUCGUUGGACUCAUCCGGCGCACCACCGCCCCACGAACCGCUGCCCAACGCCCAGGCCUUCGCCGUGGGCAAUGUCCUGGACCUGAACGCUGGCGAGGCAGCGGAGGAGUACCAGAGUGGAGGCUACCACGAUGCCAGCUAUCGUCCAGUGCCGGGCUGCGGCGAGGUCUACACGCGGUCCAAUCGCAUUGUGGGUGGGCAUUCCACGGGCUUUGGCUCCCAUCCCUGGCAGGUGGCGCUAAUAAAGAGUGGAUUCCUCACGCGAAAGCUCAGCUGCGGUGGUGCACUGAUCUCCAACCGAUGGGUGGUCACGGCUGCCCACUGUGUGGCUACCACUACCAACUCCAACAUGAAGAUCCGACUGGGCGAAUGGGAUGUCCGUGGCCAGGAGGAGCGGCUAAAUCACGAAGAGUAUGGCAUCGAGCGGAAGGAGGUGCACCCGCACUACAAUCCCGCCGACUUCAAGAAUGACGUGGCCCUGAUCCGCUUGGACCGGAAUGUGGUCUACAAGCAGCACAUUAUUCCCGUCUGUCUGCCGCCUUCGUCCACCAAGUUGACGGGCAAAAUGGCCACUGUGGCGGGCUGGGGGCGUACGCGACAUGGCCAGAGCACAGUACCCUCCGUGCUGCAGGAGGUGGACGUGGAGGUGAUCUCCAAUGAUCGCUGCCAGCGAUGGUUCCGCGCGGCAGGAAGACGCGAGGCCAUUCAUGAUGUCUUCUUGUGCGCAGGCUACAAGGAUGGCGGGCGGGAUUCCUGCCAGGGCGACAGCGGCGGGCCGCUAACGCUGACCAUGGACGGUCGCAAGACAUUAAUUGGACUCGUGUCCUGGGGCAUCGGCUGUGGGCGGGAACACCUGCCCGGCGUCUACACCAACAUCCAGCGCUUCGUGCCCUGGAUCAACAAGGUCAUGGCCAAUGACAACGCGUAGGCGCCACUGCACCGCGGAGACGCAUCCCGUUAGCCAGGCCAUGUGAUUCCUCUACGACUCGGGGUUGCUAGUGUGUAAGACCAAGGUCUUUUUUCGGCCUUGUAUUUAUUUUACCCGUAUUCCAUCUCCUAGGGAUCCCCCGCAAUCUCCCUUCGGUCGAUCCUUUCGCCUUUCAUUCGUUUCUCAUUGCAUUACACGCAUUCGAUUUAAGUUUUCGAUAUUUAUUAUACACUGCUCGACGCAAGAUUCCUACAUUUGAGAUCCACUUUCACUUACAUUCAUAUUUAUAACUUUAAUUAUGUUUUAAAAUACAAUAAAAAGAAUUAAAAUUUUAAA